UUUCACUCCGUGCAUUCUCUCUUCCUGUCAGUCACCUGUCAGUUAUUCAAGCAAUAACCCAUUCUGCAUACGCCACCACCACCUGGUUCUCCAAAAUAAUCCUCGAGUCCUCAUCUUGUCUCCGCCGACCAACUCCUCACCGCUUACAUAACCGCCAACACAUCCCGGCGCAAUCCAUUCGAUCAAUCAACAAACAAACACACCCUCAACCAACUCAGUCCGUCACAUUGCCAGUCCACACCGGCCCAAUCCAGGGCGUGGGGUGUUGGGAUCCUGAUACCUUGCUGGGUGUUUGGGGCGGCUUGGUCCUGCGACUUAGCGACCCAACGGUGUUACGACGUCGCAGCUGCGGCUUACCUCCGACUCGACUCGAUCUAUACAUACAUAUAACCCUCAUACCCCGCCUGCACUUGGAGUAUAUGGCGAUCAGGGCAAUUGAAUGAAUCGACGAAUGAAUGAACGACAGAUACGACUUGAACGAAUCAGUAUAACGCCGCAUGGAUGCAUGACUUUUCUAUGAUAUAAUACCCGACUUCUUGAUCUACGCAGUACAUCCGUCCUAUCUCGAUUGAUCAAUCCCACCACCACAACACAACACAACAAGACAUACCACAGAACAGAAAGAAGAAAAAAAGGAGGAAAGAAACAAUGGCAGCCCCGAUCCGCCGCAGUCGGCACUACCAAUGGCCCGAACUGCAGCUCAACAUCUGGAUCAUAAUCGUGCUCUCCGGGUCCGCAGUCUGCCUCGGUAUCUUCUCCUGGUUUAUGGCCAUCCAGACGGAGAUGAACCUAGGGAUACCAUGGCUCUUCCCCUACAUGGUCGUCUCCUCCGCCCUCGGCUUCAUCUUCGUGGUCCUCAUCCUCGUCCUCGCCGCGCGCCGCUUCCUCCUCCCCGGCAUCAUCCUCAUCGGGAGCUUCAUCCUCUUCGUGCUUUGGAUAACAGGGCUGAUCGAGACCUCGCUGCAGCUGUAUGGCGUCGUCGCCAACGUCAACGACAAUUGUCAGAUUUAUGUCCUCGAUGAUCACCGCGUUGGGGGCAACAAUCUGCAGACGUUGGCUUGGCUGACGCAGAGUACUAUUUGCAGCUGCUGGAAAACAGCCUUCGCAUUCGAACUCGUCAACACAAUCUUCUUCCUCUGGAUGAUGAUCAUGGCGUGGCAGGUAAAUCGGGAUAUAUACGAUUGAUUUUUUCCUUCUUUUCUCUUUUUUCUUCUUUUGCUUCUUUUUUUUCCCCUCUGGAUAUUAUUCUGUUUUAAUAUGGGUAAUGGCGCUGUUGUCUGUCUUGAUUGAUAUUGAUAUCCAUUUGUGUUGGCCUUGUUUUUCUCUGCCUUUUUUUCUUCUUUCAUUAUUCCCUAUUUUUUUUUUUUGUCUUUUAUAUGUACCCAUAAACACUCUUACCAUCUACAACAACUACAGACUCUAUCGAAUC